AUGCAGACACUCUACACAACUGCAAGCCUUCAGUUCCUUCCCGUAUCCAUUACGUACGGAUCGAUUAGUGAUGCAUGCUGUUUUGUCACAUGCCACUCUGCGCAUCACUUGUCAUCCCUUUUAAACUACGAUACCCGAACCCAGUCAUGUCACACACGUCAGGAUGUCGCGGUUCGUAUUCAGCAUAUACAAAUGUGUUGCUGUAUGUCUCACUUCGCAAUUAAGCUUCAUGUUCCAGUGAACCGAGCGAAGAGUAACGAAUGCACCAAUUAUCGUAUUCAUCGUGAUGUGUCGAUAAAAUUGUUAAAGAUGUGUGGAUUCCAUCUGUAG